GUAUUCUUUGCCGACUGUUCCAAAUUUGUGGAAGUAUGUCGAAAUAUGCUCGAUAUGGAUAAGCUUCCACAGUUUGUCACCUUCAAAACAACAGGAGGUUUUGAAAUCGAUUACGCUAACAAAAAAUCCUAUCAUGAUGUUCGAGCUUUCAUCAAAGAAUCAUUAGCUUCAUCAGUUCACGUCCUCAAUGCAGAAUCAUACGCUGUAGCCGUCAAAAGUGGAGAGCUAUGGAUUCUUUUGAAAAUUAGGCGGACUAAACAGCUCUACAAAAAUCCCCAAACGCUUGCUAACAAAAAGACCUAUCACGAUGUCCGAGCUUUCAUCAAAGAAUCAUUAGCUUCAUCCGUUCAUGUCCUCAAUGCAGAAUCAUACGCUGCUGCUGUAAAAAGUGGGGAGCUGUGGAUUUGGUGUCCACCAUGCUUGAGGCUUAUUGGAGAGUAUCGUACCCUGCACUCGCUUAUCAACAAGAAUGAUGAAUUGCUAUCAAAGCUCAAGAUUGGAUUGAUUGAUUGCCAAAAGUAUAGUUCCAUCUGUCAGCAAGCAAGCGUCCAGAGUUAUCCAACCAGUGCACUGUACACUCCUGAUGGUAAAGUGCACAAAUUCGUCGGACACCAUGCAGCAGCGACAGUGCUUGAAAUGAUAGAUAACGCUCUCAAUCCAGCUGUGGAUGAAUUGACACCAGAUCAGUUCGUCCAGCUAGUUGAGGGACGCGGUAGUGAUGAAACUUGGGUGGUUGACUUCUUUGCCCCAUGGUGUGGUCCAUGUCAGCAGCUAGCCCCUGAAUUGCAAAAAGCAGCACGAGCUCUUCGCGCUUAUGAUGAACGAGUACAUGUAGGCUCAGUGGACUGUCAAGCCUAUGGGCAAUUCUGUAGUAAACAAGGUGUUAACUCCUAUCCAUCUGUUCGACUUUAUCCGGCUGUCAACACUAAGCGAAGAACUCAGGCGUACUAUCCAUACCCACAAAACAUGUGGAGAAAUGCAGACACUAUCCAGCGAUGGGUAUUUGGAAUGCUUCCGUCAAUAGUCACUUCACUCGGCAAUGAUUACUGGACAACGGUUCUUGACUCGGACGAACCAUGGAUUGUUGACUUUUAUGCGCCUUGGUGUGGACAUUGCGUGCAAUUCUCCCCAGUUUAUGAACAAAUUGCUAAGGUUUUGGAUGGAAAGGUAAAGUGUGCCAAAGUUGAUUGCGAUCAGUGGCCAGGAGUGUGCCAGGGUGCACAGGUACAAGCCUAUCCAACAGUUCGAUUUUACAAAGGCCGACAGGGCGGUAGGCGACAAGAUGUCUGGGGAUUGCAAAUACAAGCCCAGGAUAAGGACACUAUUGUAAACGUUGUUGAGAGUCAGUUAGCCCAGUUGCACGAUGAAUUAUAG